GGCGUGUCGGAGGCGCGGGAAAGAAAACUGGCAAAGAGACGGAGGCUGGCAAUGAAUAAACUCCAGUUGGCAACACGCAGCAAGCUGGGAAUACAACGGGACACUGGGAAACAACAGAAAUCCCCAAAGAAAUGUGAAGAAAGUAUCAUGCCUUACAAAGAAGUACCCAACCAACAGUCUUUAUUCCACACCUUCAGCAAUGCAGCUGAAAUCAAAGAUUUCCGGAAAAGGCUGCUCAUCUGGUACAAUAAAUGCAAACGGGACCUUCCUUGGAGGAAACUGGCUACAAGUGAAGCUGAUGCUGACAGGCGAGCAUAUGCUGUGUGGGUAUCAGAGAUCAUGCUCCAGCAAACCCAGGUGGCUUCGGUGAUCAGCUACUACAAUCGCUGGAUGCAGAAAUGGCCAACCUUGCAGGAGUUAGCUGAAGCUUCACUAGAGGAGGUGAAUGAGCUGUGGGCAGGGCUUGGCUACUAUUCCCGAGGGAAGCGGCUCCAGGAAGGUGCACGUAAGUUGGUGUCACAGAUGGCAGGUCAUGUGCCUAGAACAGCGGAGGAGCUGCAGAAGUUCUUGCCAGGAGUAGGAAAAUACACUGCAGGGGCUAUUGCAUCCAUAGCAUUUGGCCAGGUGACAGGCGUGGUCGAUGGGAACGUAAUUCGAGUCUUGUGCCGUGUGCGAGCUAUUGGUGCCGACCCCGCCGGUUCAGUUAUUGCUGAAAGACUUUGGGCUUUAGCACAUACUCUGGUUGAUCCAGCCCAUCCAGGUGACUUUAACCAAGCGAUGAUGGAAUUGGGAGCAACUGUGUGCACUCCUAAGGCCCCACUGUGCACGGAAUGUCCCGUGAAGCAGCAUUGUAGAGCUCACCACCAGGUGGAAAAAGAUCUGGUAGUCUUCACCAAGAGACUGCUAGGAAAAGCUGCUCCUCGGUGCUCCCAGAUGCUGGAUGUGGAAGAAUGUGCCAUCACCACAGGGAGUUGCUCCCUUUGCCUGCCUCCUUCAGAGCCGUGGGAUCCCAGCCUUGGUGUGACCAACUUCCCCAGGAAAUCCACCAAGAAGCAGCCCAGGAUAGAGCACACAGUCACGUGUGUGCUACAGAGGAAGUGCAGUGAUGAGAAACUAGAGUACCUUAUUGUGCAGAGACCCAGCUCAGGUCUGCUGGCAGGGCUGUGGGAGUUUCCCAGCCUCCUCCUUGAGCCAGGGCAGGAGAAACAACAGAAAGCAGCACUGGCAAGUCACCUCCAGGCCUGGAUUGGCAGUGACGUGGCAGUGGGACGUCUGCAGACUGUUGGAGAGGUUCUUCAUAUCUUCUCCCACAUCCGCCAAACAUACAUUAUCUAUUUCUUGAACAUGGACAAAGAUGAGGGUAACUGGGACAAGGAGAUGGCGCUGCCAGCAUCCCGAUGGGUGACAAAAACGGAAUUCCAGAACUCUGCCAUCUCCACAGCCAUGAAGAAGGUUUUGAAAGCUUACGAAAAAUGGAGCUCUAAAAUCGAUGCUGCCAAGGUUGCAAAGAGGAAACGAAACAUUUUACACACCACCCACUCAAAGCCUGAAGAAGAGAGCAGGUCUUCCAAGAGGCAGCUUUCUCUGGAUUCAUUUCUUGCAGCAGCUGCCAAUAACUGAGUUGCAGCCUCUCACAUGGUGAGGGAUAUACAGCAAUCCAUUCACAGCAAUCCUGUAUAUUAUUUGGAAGCAUUACUGGUGCCUCCUCCAAUUGCUGCUGACUUGAAGAACUUGGGAUUCUAUCUGGGACCUUUCUCACCAGACAGUGAGUUGUGGCUGCCUGUUGUGGACAGUGUACGCAGCAGGAUCUACCAGAAUCUAAUGUUAUUGGGUGAGUCCUGUUGUUUCCUCUGCAUUUCCAUACCCAACUGCUGGGUGGCUUAAUAUGCUUGGGAGAUGAAGGACUAGAUCUUCAGCAAAGGAGUGUGGAGGUAGACAACUGUUGCUGCAGCAACCAUAUCAUGGGAGAACUCUUUUAAUGCUCUCCCACAUGAUACACGUGUACAAUGCAAGCAGCUGUGGUUGUUCCAAAGAGGAUAGUUUUUUGGCUUGAAUCUGGUGUGCCAAACAGCAAAAGAGUGAAAGUGUUUAAAAGUUCAUGGGAUGGAUUGACAAAGAUGGGCUGGAGCCUCAUCUGUUCUCCAGUGGCUGCCAAGUAAAGGGUUCCAGAAGAUCUACUUAUGCAUCCUUCUUUAGUGUUGUUUUCGUAGAGCCUUUUCCUUCUCGAGGCAAGUAACCACAGUUACCAUUUCCUUGAAAGUUGUUUGCUUGCCUACAUAUCUGAGACAGUGUCUUAUUGCUAUACUAAAUGCCAGCAUUGCUGUAGCUCACUGAUCAACUGUUUUAGUACUUACAAUGUCUUGUUUAACUCUGUUUUCACUAAUAAAGUUUUAAUGAUUUUUAAA